CCUUCGCAGCAAUGAGAACAGAGAGAAACAAACGGCAGACAGUGACGAUACACCAUAGCUACCUAAUAGCUAGGAGCCAUCAUCCUAUUCUGCUUCCAUACAUAUCUGUUCGUCCGAUACCAGUUCAAACCCCUCACCACAGCUGGGUUUCCGUAUCCCUCCUAUUGCCACGUUAAUCUACCGAAAUCCCCAUCAGGAGCAAUCCAAACCCGCAACCUCUCUACUUCCAAUUCCCGCCUCCAACCCUAGAUCCAUACACAACCAUGGCGCUCGAUACUUACUUUCGCAACAAGAUAGAGAGCAUGAAGCUCGAAAUAAUCCAGGGGCAAGCUGUCCUGAGGCGACUUGAAGCACAGCGGAACGACUACAACUCGAGAGUAAGGCUGCUACGGGAAGAGCUAGGCCUGCUACAACAACCGGGAUCUUACGUCGGUGAAGUGGUCAAGGUUAUGGGUACUAAGAAAGUGCUGGUCAAGGUGCAUCCAGAAGGGAAGUAUGUUGUCGAUAUCGCGGAUAAUGUCGAUAUCUCCAAGCUCACAGUAGGGAAGCGAGUGUCACUUCUCUCAGAUUCAUACAAGCUCGAAAAGAUGCUUCCAUCAUCAGUUGACCCCCUCGUCUCUCUCAUGAUGGUCGAGAAAGUCCCUGACAGUACCUACGAUAUGAUCGGUGGCCUGGACCAACAAAUCAAAGAAAUCAAAGAAGUCAUCGAGCUCGGCCUCAAUCACCCAGAACUCUUCGAGUCGCUAGGCAUUGCGCAGCCAAAGGGCGUGCUCUUAUAUGGGCCCCCAGGUACCGGAAAAACUCUACUUGCACGAGCAGUGGCACAUCACGCGGAUUGCAAAUUCAUUCGGGUGAGUGGUUCGGAGUUGGUACAGAAGUAUAUCGGCGAAGGCAGCAGAAUGGUCCGAGAGUUGUUCAUUAUGGCUCGCGAGCAUGCUCCUAGUAUCAUUUUCAUGGACGAGAUCGACAGUAUCGGAUCCAGUCGUGUGGAAGGCAGCAGUGGAGGAGACUCUGAGGUCCAACGCACCAUGUUAGAACUCCUGAAUCAACUGGACGGGUUCGAACCUACGAAGAACAUUAAAAUAAUUAUGGCUACCAAUCGUCUUGAUAUCCUCGACCCCGCGCUCCUUCGACCUGGGAGAAUCGACAGAAAGAUUGAAUUCCCACCACCCACUGUCGAAGCUCGCGCAGACAUCCUACGCAUCCACUCCAGAUCUAUGAACCUAACUCGCGGCAUCAACCUAACGAAAAUCGCCGAGAAGAUGAACGGCUGCUCCGGCGCCGAGCUCAAGGGCGUCUGUACGGAGGCUGGCAUGUACGCCUUGCGUGAGCGCCGUGUACAUGUUACGCAGGAGGAUUUCGACCUGGCGACGGCCAAGGUUCUCAACAAGCACGACGACAAGGAGAUUAGUUUACAGAAAUUCUUCAAGUAAAACAACGGAGAUGCGGUAGUUUAGCGUGGCAAAUAUUACCUUUUUGGAGUUGGUGGGAGGUAAACCAGGACGACGGAGUCGGGAGGAGAUCAUGCAUGGCAUUUUGUCACCUGUGGCUAGCUUCCCGAAAGGGAAGUAUUAAGAAACAAUGGCGGAAUCCGGCUUUCUCCAUGCCCUUGUCCCGCCUGGCUUGAGUCAGUGUCCUUACGCCAACCGAGCUAUGAUAUGGAGGAUGUGGAUCAUUCACGGGACGGGAGUCGGAAUUUUACACCUGACAUGGAUUCACACGCCCAGUGGGUAACCUACACCAAAUUCCUUUUAAACUCCUUUUUCGCCGUCCUCAGUAUUUCUUCCACCUUGUGCGUCCAUGUUCAUUUCUAUUCCCAUCGUGUUCCCCGUCCUUUUGGGCAUGAUUCUGUAUAACUAUAUAGCGCGUGUAAGUACCUAGAUGUGGUAACGUAGGCAAAACAUGUAGUGUUGUCUAAUUGGGACUAUUUUUUAACCUCUAAUUUCGAAGUCAUGAAGAGAGGGGGUCUUCAUUGAACAGUAAUGCUGUUCAUCAUAUAGUUAACUCUUAUGUUUUGAACAAUGUAACAUUACAUGUCCUGUACAUGUACAUUUGCAUGUAGGUGCACUUAUAUAGUUAGUAAGAGCUCUUGACGCUGCAUCAGCAACAUCAUAUCAUCUUGUAUAUCUACUUUAGCAGUGUACAUUGAGGAAGAGAGGCUGAGAUAACGUCAAACAGCCUUUUUUCCUUUCGCUGCUUCUCCGCUUGAUGUGUAUCUAUGAUAGACCGUCAGUCCAGUCUAGAGGUUAUCAUCCAGAGUCAGACCGGCCGGCCAUGCAAAACUCCGCUUUUAUAUGCUUUUAUCGGUCGAAAAGCACAUUUGGAGAGUCUCUUCAGAGUAACUUCAGAUGAUCCAUGC